CGAGAGAUGGUAAUGGGAAGUUUAAUUAUUUUAGCGAUUGUACGCGUUUUCUGGACAUAAUGAUGAUUUCGUCUAGCAACAUACCAAAUAGCCGCCAAGCACGCUCUUCGCUGCUCUUCGCUCGUCCGGACGCUCCAGCCUUCCCUUCUGUGCAAGUUUUCUUCUGUUAAACGGUAAAACUUUUGAGAUUCCCCCAACCCUUGAGCAGCAGUGGAAUGGCCACUAAAAAAAAACAAUCGCCGCGCUUCACCGCUGAUGAAAUCUCUAUUCUAUCGGGGCUUGUCGGCAAGCAUAAAACGAUCAUUGAAUGCAAAAAGACAGACUCCGUAUCUUCGAACCUCAAAAACGAGACCUGGGAGAAACUCUGCAAUGAGUAUAACUGCUUACCGGGCGUUAGUCCACGGGACUCUAAUCAGCUCAAGAAGUGUUGGGGGAACCUCAAACAAAAGUGGAAGAACGAGCGCUCGGACGAGAAGCGCAAGACCCACAAGACAGGAGGGGGGCCGCCCCCCACACCCAUGAGCGCAAUUUCUGUGCUUGUGGGGGCAGUAGCGGGGCACAUGGCCACCCGCCUUGACAACGAUAACGACUCCGACGGAGCCGCCUAUCUGCCCCCUGUCCAGAACGAGCCAGUGGUGCGGCUGCUGGAGGGCAUGGUCGACUGCGACCCAGUGUACGAGUAUGCAGGGGACAACUACCUACCUGGCAGCCCUUCUAUGGACGUCGCCGAUCCAGAGGCAAGUGCCAGUGUCACAGCAGCUACAGGAGCAGACCCGGGUCCCCCCACCGAGCAGACCGUACCUGCUCCUGCAGCUGCUUCAAGCUGCAGCAGCGACAGGGUGGCGGCGACUCAGGAUGAAGGCAGGCCGGCCAGAGGGAGAAUGGUGCUCCUAGAGCAGGCUCUCUCAGCAGAGAACGACGUACGAAGUUCUCUGCUGAGGGCAGAAUCUGCCAUUCGAAUCAAGCUCCUUGAAGAGGAGCAGCAGAUGAAGGUGGCAGAGCACCAGAUGAAGGUGGCAGAGCACCGCGUGCGGCUCCAGGUGGAGCAGACGAACUUAAAAAUUGCGGAGUGGAAGCUCAGGGAGCUUCAGCAGGGAGGCGAAAAAUAAAAAAAAAGUGCCAAUGCCUCGA